AUGGCUGAAAAGUAUCAGGACCAGAAUUUACGGCUAAUUCCACUCGCCUUGAAGACGCUUGCCGAGUUAAAGGCCGAAAUGCAUCCGGAAAAGCCGGAGCAUCAUGAAGCCCCGUGUACUUCAGCCGGCGUCAAUGGUUCUGCCCCAAAUGGUGAUGAUGGACCAUUUGCCAAUAUUGACAUUGCCGAAAACCAUACGGACGCGGCGGAGCCUAGUUCUACGAGGAGCGAUCUCGGUCUAUAUGGCUGCCCUGUUCGUGUCAAGAAUUCUCAUCCAAUCGCCACACAACCUUCGACCAUUCUGAGCCCACCAAGGAAACGUCGAAAGAUUGAGGAUCUCACGACCGAGUCGUUUGACUUCAACGAAGAUAGUGCGCAGAGCACGUCAAACUGGUGUAAUCAGAUGCCACUGCUUUUGGGAAAGCAUCAAGUGUACCCAUUGACGACAGCCAUGCAUCAACGUCUCAUCCUUCAAUACCUCACCCAAACCGGGGAAUACCAAGAUGUGAUGUGGAUGAUGGUGGUGCUGCCUAGCACACAGCAGGACAUCAUUGAGCGGCUCGAGAUGAAGGACCACAGCGGCUGCUCGGUUCUGACCCAUUUGAUUAGCCACUGUGACAUGCCUUGCCAGAAUGAUGAGAUCACGAACUUGGCCCUGAACAUCAUGCAAGUAUUGGCAUGUGUGCCUCCUAUGUUGGAGACUAAGACGCAAUUGUCGACCGCGCAAACCCCCGGGAAAACGCCUGAUCGAAAACCCCGACCGGCUUACGAAGAAAAUUUUGAACCGCUCAAGAAAGAACGCAUUGAGAAACAAGGCAUCGUCACCUCGACCAACAUCUCAUACAGUGACCAAGAGGUCUACCAGCUGCUCCAUUCCUAUUUCCUGACAAAGGGCCUGAGCAAGACAGCUUCACAACUGUUCGCCGAGGCUGGGCUCCCUGCGGGUCCACCGGGAUCUGCGCCCCCACCACAAUUCAAAGCACUCCCUGGCUUGCCCUCCAAAAUCGGGAUGUUGUCCAGCACGCCAAAUAAACCGGCCCUCUGCAUGGAAUCGGGACCGGGCAGCCAUUUUGGAAAGAAAGACACACUCUCCACGCAUAUCACGACGCGCCUCUGGAAUCGGCCGUUGACGUUGGCAAAUGAUCGGACACGGCACAUCCGGGCGUACGAGCGUUUCCAGCACUCUCGCUUCCGCCCACUGAAAACUUUUGUUAAUGAAGAAAUGUGUACGACGGCGGCAUUUUCGAUUGACGAUGAACACGUCGUCGUCGGAUUGUACACAGGGGAACUGCAGUGGCUAAACGCGGAGACCGGAAACCAAGAGAGUAACACCCACUGUCACCAUUCUGCUGUCACUCACAUCGUGUGCAGCCGGGACGGCAGCACCCUGCUCACCUCAUCCGCCUUUGUCCGCCCGUACUCUUCCGUGUGGCGCCUUGGGGAAACGCAGGAGCACAUGUACGACCUCGCCGAGGAAAUCCACCUGGAAUACGGUCGACGCGGUUCUGAUAAAAUCCUUGGGACAAGCUCCGCGUACGAGACGAAUGAGGGAAUCGCGACGAUUUACGACACAGAGAGUGGAACGCCGAUCGUCAAAAUGUGGAAGCAGGGCGAACCGCAGCGCUACCGCCGGAAUCUUGCCCACUUCGCUCCGGAUGACGGCAUGGUUUUGCAUGAUGGACAACUCUGGGAUCCACGCUGCGCUACAGAGCCCCUGCACACCUUCGACCUGUUCGGCUACGUGGCCUCCGGCGAUUUCCAUCCCCACGGCAAUGAGGUCAUCAUCAACGCACAAGUGUGGGACCUUCGCACCUACAAACUACUGCGCUCCAUCCCCGCCCUCGACCAGUGCAAGCUUACUUUCUCUUCAACCGGCAACAUCUUCUACGCGAUCAAGCGGGAAGAGGAUCGCGAGGAUAGCUCGUUUCGCGACACAUACACCAGCAAAUUUUGGUCCUACGACUCCAUCUUAUACGAGCAAAUUGCUGAGGUGGAUGUGCGAAAGCCGCUGCUCGGAUUCUGUCUCGACCACACUGAUCAAAGGGUUGCCGUUGUGGAGCGGACGUCGCGUGAUGAGGAGGGGUAUAGAAGCCUCGAAUCUUCAGCCGUCAAAUUUUACGAGAUCGGCAAACUGCGGAUCCCAGAAGAAGAUGGCGAGGAAGAGGUUGAUCCGGAAGCUGUUGGAAGUGAUUACUCGUCGUCUGCUGAGGAAUCAUCUGACUUUGACGAUGAGGACGAAGAUGAAGAUGAAGACGAGGAUGAGGAUGACGCAAACGACGAUGCUGACGGCAGUGAAAGCGGAUCUGGGGAAGGUGGCAGUCUCUCUAGCGGCUGGGAACUCGACGAAAACGCAGAUGCCCCCAUGAAUUCUGAAGCGGGAAGCGGAACUUCCGAUGACAGUGACGAGGACGAGGACGAUGACGUUGACGAUGAUAUGGAAGAUGGUCAGGAUUUCUUCGACCUAGAUGAUUCCGACGAGGAAUACGAGGAAGAGCCGGAUUCGCGGGGGCAAGGCAGUUCGAGCAUCGUCCUCAACCCACACCUUCGCCGAGCCCGCCGCCGAGACGCUAGCGAACGCGACGGU